AUGUGAACAUCAGAAUCCCAGCUCAAGCAUCUAUGGAAUAAAGCCGUCAAGAAAAAUGCAGGAAUGAAAAAGCCUUUUGUGCUCAGAAUCAAUGCAAAAUAUUGCUAUGUAAAUGAAAAGCUCAAACUCGUAGGCGAUGUAAAUCACGAGUCUUUAAGCUUAUGGAAAAAGUGGGAGAAUAAAGAAAAUGACCAGACUAAAUGGUUUAAUAAAGCGCAAUCAUUAGCCAGCCAAUUUCAAAGGUUAAAAGACAGAGCAUGGGGCGAAAACAGCUUCAAGUCUAAUGAAGAGCGAAAAUGGCUGAAAAAUUACCUUCCAGAAAUCAUUAUUGACAACCCAGCCACUUUAGCUAGCAUACUAAAAGCAGCUGUAGUUAAAACUACUGGAAACAUCAGCUAUUUCAACCCAACUCCACCAAGAUCUCCAGUCGUAUACUACAUAGCUGACAAAUACAAUAUGUGCAUCCACAAUACUUUUUUCCCAUAUAGAGAUUAUUACUAUGAGGCUAAAAAAGAGUAUGAUUAUCUUCCAAAGGCUGCCAAAGAAUUAUACGAAAAAGCCAAUGAACUCGACACUUUGAGAAACCAAGCAGAAUCUAUAAAAGUAGCCAACGCAGAAUAUCUGAAUUAUCUAAACAACGCUAUUUCUUGAAGAGAAGUCUAUAAACGCCCACUAUCUACUAUAUUUGGUGAAAACUUAAAAGUGAUGAGCAAAAUAUCUCUUUUUUUACUUAUAAAAGCUGAAAACUUGAUCAAUCAUUUAAUGAACAAAAUUGAAAGGAUAUGCAGAGACAAAACGGGGAAAAAUAAAAAAAAUAAAGUCAUACGUGAAGCUGUUAAUGAUUGUAUCAAAGAAUAUCCGCAAGACAAAUAUAUAGCCCAUUACACUAUUUGUGGAGAAAAUCUGAAUAACUACACACCUACACUUUCUAUAAUUGAACAAUCAAUACUACAUGAAGAUUCCUGAUAUGAAGCUACUGAAACUAACGGCGAAGUCAUUGAUUUCCAGGAUUUCCCACUCAUUAAACCUAAUUCAACUGUCAAUUUAGGACAUGGGAUUGUUGCAAAGAUUUUUAAAAUUGAAGAUAUUUGGUUUGACAGCGGAGUUUUAAAGAGGAUUCGAGGAAUUGAAAGUUAUUAG